AUGGUCCAGCCGGGCAUUGACGGUCUCGACACGCCGCGGACCAACCUUGGGGAUGCUACCUACCUGAGUCGCCAACCUGACUUUGACAUUACCCAGGAGCCGUCCUUCCAGUCCCCUUCCAAAGACGCCAAUGUGUUCCAGCAACUACGAAAUGGCGGCCGACCGAACCUCAGAACACCACGGGGCCGCCGUGCGCCCUUCACCGACAGGAGGAACCUGCCCGCCGGCAUUGGGGGCGCAGAAUUUACUCCAUUGCUGAAAUCUGUCACUAGAAACAGCGCGCGACGGCACAGCGGCAAGGAGAAUGGGCUGGCGACGCCUGCCGUACUGGACAAGAUCGACGAGGACUUGACUCCAAUGCCUGCCAUGGACGCAAGUGUUUUUGGAGCCUCUCGCAACGCGUCCUCAUAUCUCGAAAACACACCGCUGCCGCAAGUGGAAAGCAGCAGCACAGCAUCCACACCCCUGGUCAUGCGGACGCGUGCCGACACCAAAGGACCCCUCCAAGACGGCCAGCAGCUCUCGCUCCGAGAGCAGGAGAACGUCAUCGAUAAGAUCGAGAAGGAGAACUUUGGCCUCAAGCUCAAGAUCCAUUUCCUGGAGGAGGCACUGCGGAAAGCGGGGCCUGGGUUCAGCCAGGCUGCGCUGAAGGAAAACACGGAGCUGAAAGUCGACAAAGUCACCAUGCAGAGAGAGCUUCAGAAGUACAAGAAGCACCUGACAUCUGCCGAGCGUGAUCUCGAGAGCUAUCGCCAACAAAUUCUAGAGGUCCAAGAAAAGGCCAAGAGGAAGUACGCAGACGAGAGCCAACGCGUGGAAAUCGAACGACUUCAGCGGGAGUUAGAAGAUAAAGAAGCAGAUAUAGAGGAUCUGCAGAGACAACUACAAGAUGGUCAUCAUGAUCAGGACAAAGUGGAGAAACUCCAAGACGACAUUGGUGAUUUAGAAGCCGAGCUUCGAGAAAAGGACCGGAUCAUCACUGCACACGAAGAUGAGCUUGAUGAUCUGAGGUCUAGAGUCCAAGAUGCAGAGGAUUCUAGGAAAGAUGCCGAACGACGAAUGGUCGAGCUGGAAGAGAAGGCUCAAUCAAGCGAUGAACUCGAAGAAGCAAAGGAAACCAUCGAGGAUCUCGAGGCGAACAUUCGUCAAAUGGAGCAGCAACUCGACGACAUGAAGGACAAGUUGGAGCAUGCCGUGUCUCAGAAAGAUCGAGCAGAGGGCGACCUUGAGGAAUUACAAGAAGAGGUGGCGAACAAGUCUGUAGUCACCAAAGGACUUUCUCGACAGGUAGAGGAGAAAAUUGCUCGUCUACAAGCGGAGGUCGAGAAGGCUCAUCAGGAUUACUCCACUCUUGAGAAGCAGUUUGACUCCAAACAACAGGAAACCGAUGAUCUGAAGGCCAAAUUGAAGGAGUCUCGACAAGAACGAGAUAUGUCAGACAAGGAACGCCGAUCUCUUGCAGUAAAGCUCGAGGAAAUUGAAGCCGACUACAACUCAAGAAGCGACGAAAAAGCUCUACUCCAAACUCGACACGACGCCCUCACUAAUGAGUCUGCCUCGCUGCAGCGGGAUGUCGUGAGACUAGAAAAGACAGUCUCACAAUUGGAAGAGGAACUAGAACAGGAACGUCACCACGCCUUGGAGAUUGAGAGAGACAUCAGAGCGCAGUAUAAAGACGAGAUCGAUCGUCUCAACGACGACAUCUCUGAUCUACAGGCCGAAGUCCGAGAAAAGGAGAACCUCUAUGACAACGACAGCGAGAAAUGGGAAAACGAGAAACAUAACCUAGAGUCUGAGCGCGAACGUGCUGAAGAGCGAGCUGCUGGUCUGCAGAAGACCAUCGACAGGCUGCGGGAAGCUGAAGGCUCCUUGUCUGACAAGGAGAGCAGGCUCCAGGAUGCUAUUCAGAGCGAGACAGAACGACACAAAAAGGAAGAAGCCGUGCUGAGCCGCCGAAUUGAGGACUUGCAACAAGAUCUUGAAACUCGUCAGCGAAUGCUGGAGGACUUGCGCAAUGAGCUCUCUACUGUUCGCGAUGAGCUCCGGCAGACUCAACUUGACUAUCAAGCACAGUCCGACAAGAUAGAUGGAUUGGAGGAUGAGAUCGAGGUUCUUCAAGCCACCCUGGACGAAGAAACUGAGAAGGCUGGGCAGGAUCUAGAUUCUGCGAGGAAAGAAUCCGAUGAACUGAAGAAGCAACUUCGAGAACUUCGUGAGAUUGCCGACUCGGCACGAAGCUCUACAGCAGUGUCUGAGGCAACCGCGAAGCAUACAUCUGCGACUGUUGAUCGAUUACAAAGACAAUUGGCUGAUGCUACCUCGAAUUUUACCAAGGCAUCUAGAGAGAGGCAGGCUCUUCAAGAUCAGCUUUCACAAGUUGGCGCCGAACUACACUCCUUACGAGCUUUACUAGCCGAGACAAAGGCUGAGCGAGAUGAGCUUGAAGUCGAAUUGCAGCAGGCAAAAGAGCAGGACAAUGACACAUUCCAGCUGGAUCAAGAGCGAUUCACCUUGCGGGCAACCAAGUCCAGGCUCGACAACGAGGUCCGACGGCUCAAAGAAGAGAACAAGCAUUUGUCUGAUCAAUACCACGCAAUAGAGAAAACCUUGGAAGACGAGAUUGAGAAGGCUGCGGCAGAGGAGGACCGUUUGAACCAGGAGAUCAUUGAUCUUCAGUCCAAGUUCAAACAGACGUCCGGAAGCCAGGAUCUCUCUUCUGCCCGCCGCACGAUCCGCGACUUGGAGCGGCGGAUUGGAGACUUCGAGAUACAAUUAGCAACCUCUAACAUUCCUGCUGGUGUUAAUGGCGAGGGGAACAGCGAGCUGUCGCUCAUCAGACGCGAUCUCUCCAGCUUCCGACAGAAAGAGCUCGAGCUCCUGCAACGCGAGGCUUCCCACGAGGAUGUAGUGAAGGGGCUGAAGCGCCAGAUUGCCGACUUGGAGCGCAAGGCUCACGAGGCUGAAAUCACCCGGCUGGUAGGGUCACCGACUUCCGAAGGGGACUCAGCUCGAAAGACUGAAGUCUCUGAGUUGCGACAGCAGCUCUCGUCGGCCCACAAGUCUAUCUACGAUCUGAAGAAGAGUCUCCGGGAAGCUGAGAAGCAGUCAGCGGCUUCUGCGCGUGAACUACAAGAUCGAAUCGACGACAUCGAAGAGCAGAAGCUCGCGCUCGAGCAGGCACUCGAAGAUGCACAACAGGCGGCGGACGAGGUCGGCGACGAGUACAAGUCUCAGCUAAAGAAGUACAAGGAGAAGCUCGAGCGGUAUAAGCGCGAACGUGAUUCAAUGGCAGCAGCGCUUGCUGGAAAUCGCAGGAAUCACGAUACCAGCAACAGCGUCAGCAGUGAAAUGAGCCGGGAGGAACGUCACGAGUUGCAUGAGAUGCUUCGAAAGACCCAGAUCGAGGCAGAUGCACUAGAGCGUGAAGUGCGCGAACACAAGGAGGCCCUUGACGAGCUGAUGCAGGUGGAGCAGUCCCUCCGCAAGAAGCUUGACAAGGCACGCUCCGAGAGAGCACUGUACCGCGCCGACGCCGAGAAGCUGCAACGAGAUGUGCAGGCUCUCAAGGCAUCAAAGGACCAGGCAGAUGCCGCUGCCGGCGCCUUGGUGCAUGUAGGGCGCAAUGCCGGUCCCGAUGACACAGGCAUAGAUGCAGACGCCAUCAUUCGAGCAGCUGAAGCUGCCGAGCAUCGACACGUCAAGGAGCUCCGUGGUAUGUGUAUGCAGAUCGAGUGGAUGCAGGCUCGAUGGGAGCGGGAGGUGCAGUUGCGAGCGGACGCGGCAUAUGCGAAGCGGUACUUGCUGCUCGAGCUGGAUGUCCGCGAUGCUUGCAACAAAGCCGAUCUCGUGAAGCUUGACGGCAUCAUGAAGCAGCUCGGCGUGAAGGGCCGCCCCGCCAGCUCGAUGCCAGCCGCGAGACAAAUCGCAGCCAAGAAGCAGCCCAUCACCCUGAAGCGAGUCGCCACUGCCAUCCGCUUCGUCGUGCGCUGUCAGCUGUCGGCAGACGCGUGGCGCAAGCACGAGCGCACCCGACAGCGCCUGGCCAGCGCGGUCGAGGAGGCCCAGAAGCAGAAGCGCAUCAAGAAGAUGCGCGACGAGUGGCGCGCCCAGACCAGGAUGGUGCAGUGA